GGUCCAAUCAUGGCACUGUGUUUUGUCAAGGUUAUUGAAAUACAAAUAAAUAGUUAUUAACAAUAAGUAGACAAAAUGGUUGCUGCUAGAUUAGUACCAGAUAGAUUAAAAAUUAAUGAUAAUUAUAGUUGAUUAUAGAUAUAGAUGAGUGAAUAGAACACGAAAGAAUAGUUAAAGGUUAAUCCAUAGAUCUUAAUAAAGAUAUAAAUACGUUUGAUCGUACGGAGUCCACUUGAUCUAAGGUUAUGUUAAUCACAGAUCAUUGGAUUUAAUAAGAUUACUUAUACGUAAUCGUAAAUUUAUGUCAGCAUUUAUAUCUAUGACAAUAAAUCAUGUCUGAUGAUAAAACAAGUUUGCCAGUAGCUCCAAAGGAUUUAUGUUUCUUCGAGCAUGAAUUUAUUCAGAGUAAUUUUAAUGUGGAUACUUUUCUUCAUAAUCAUCGAAAAGUCGUGAAACUUGAAACUAUGAGAGAUGAUUUAGGCAUAUAUUUAAAGUUAUUAAGAUCUGCGAUGAUCGACUUAAUUAAUAGAGAUUAUACAGACUUUGUUAAUCUUUCAAGUAAUCUCAUUGGUCUUGACAAAGCAAUUAGUAGCUUGGAAAUGCCACUUAGUCAACUUAGAGAAGAAGUUAUGCAAAUUCAGCAAACAUUAAAUGAAGAAAUAAUCAUUCUAUCCAAUAAUUUGAAUGAUGAUAGCCAAAUAAAAUUACAGAAACAAAGCUUACACAGCUUGCAAUGUGUUUAUAAAUGUUUAAGAAAAUUGUCUUCAAUGCUAUCAAUGGAUAAUUAUAUGGAAAGUUUUACAAAAAUUGAUGUUUUAGAACAAGCUACAGCAGAACUGAAUCAUUUGAAAUUUAAUGCAUCCAGAUGCAGAUCAGAUAUCUCUAUAGAUCAGCAGACAGAAAGCAAGAAAUUAGAAGAUCUCUUAAUAACGCAUCUGAAUGAGUUAUUUUUAGUUUGUAUACAUGAAAAAGAUUCUAAUUUAUUAAUUCGUUGUUUGAGAAUAUAUAUUAUGCUUGAUAAUGUUACAACUGCAGAAUUAGUAGUAAGAAGAGACGUUAUUAGUCCAAUUAUAAAUAAUAUACUUCAAGACGAAGAUUCACAAACUGAAUUUAAUAAUCUUCAAAGUAUUUACAAUAGAUUAUUAAAUAUUUUAAGCGGAGAACUCAAACAACUUUUAGACAUCACAUUAUACUCCAAUAGGAUACAAGUAAAGGGUUUUAAUUUCUUGGUAAAUAGUUUUUGGAUUGAAAUAGAGGAAAAAAUUGAUCAGCAAUUGAAAUAUAUUUUUGCACCUGGAAAUCCUGAAUUGUUCCAUAAAAGAUAUACAGAAACAAUGUGGUUUCGAAAAAAGCUGGAAGAAUUCUAUGAUGUACCUGCUCAUAUAAGCAUAUUAAAAGAUCAUCUACAAUAUAAAAAUUUUCUUAAGAAAUGGAAUCUACCAGUUUAUUUCCAAAUUCGUUUUCAAGAAAUAGCCGGUACAGUCGAAACAGCAUUUAAAGAGUCUAUUUCACCUGAAUUGAUUAAAGGAUCUGCAAAUAUUCUAAUGCUAGAAGAAUUUUCUCUUUACACAACGUCUAUCGUUUGGAAUUGUUUGUACAGGAUAUGGUCUGAAAAUAUAUAUCUAUCUCAACUUUUUCAAGAAUUUUGGAAAUUGACUCUGCAAGUAUGUUCAAGAUAUCAAACAUGGGCUUGCACAGCAAUAAGACAAAAGUGGCAAGAAAGUAAUAAGUCUGAAAGUAUAGCAAAUAGUAAUCGUUAUACUAAAUUGGAUUUCUUGAUAUAUUUGUAUUGUGAUGUAGAAAAAUUUGUGAAUGGAUUACCAAAUCUUCUACGGAUAGUGCAGUUAAAAAAUCCAAAUCAAAAUCCUGCUACAUUUAAAUUAUUAGAAGAUUGUUUGACUGAAACAUCUAAAACAAUUACAAUGAUUUUACAACUUACUACAGAAGAAAUUGUAAAUGAACUUAUAAUGCAUUGUGUGAUAUACUUGAAACAAGUCAGUGACAUUCCAAGAUUAUAUAGACGGACAAAUAGAGAAGUACCUACUAAACCUUGUGCAUAUGUUAAAAAUGCAUUAAGUUUUCUGACUAGUUUUCGUACCAAUUAUAAUGACUUUGUACCAACGAAUGUUACCAUAUGGUUGCAAUUAGCACUGUCUUUGUUAACAGAAUGUUAUUUAACGUCUGUAACAGAUGUAUUGACAUCUGUUCAAAAAACUGAAGAGAGUUUAAGAAGAUUGAAAAAAAUACGUGAUAAAUCGACAGGAGUGCUUACAUCAGAUGCUCAAGGAAUUAGCGAUGAUGAAAAAAUUCGUAUUCAGUUACAAAUUGAUGUAAAUGCAUACAGUGAAAUGAUUACUGAACUCGAUGUACCAGUUUCAGAUAUAUCUCAUUUACAAGAAUUAUCGCAAGCUGUUGAAGCAGCUCUAAAAAAAUAAUAUUUUAGAACUAUUCAUUAUCUCUUGCUUGAUUUAUGUGACUUUAGCGACGGGUGUAGGAAGAAAAAAAAUAAAAUCAUAUUAAGAGAACACUGUCCUUUCUCUUGAUUUAUUGUAUCAAUGUGUCUGUACUCCGAGUGAUGUAAAUUUUAAAUGGUCCAGAAGUUACAAACGUUUAAUGAAUGAAUAACGCGAUCGAAAUAACAAUGAAACAAAAACAUGCAAGUAUUACAGAUUAUAUCACAUCGAAGCUAAGAUCCUACAUUCUCAAUAAUACAUGUAUGGUAUAUCAAGAAACGCUGGGCUAUUACAUAUUAUACAUAAUAACGAGAGAAAUAAAAAUUGAUCUCAUUAACAGAAUAUGUAUGGACAUUAAGACUGUUCACUACCUUUUGUUCAAAGCGUGUGACUUCAGCGAUGAUAUGGACAAAAUAUGAAUUACAAAUGCAAGCUUACGGGGAACGCUGUCCUCACCUUCAUACGUCUAUCGUACGGUGUAUAAGCCUUGUUUGGUUAUUCCCCUCUUACGCGUACGUAACAAUUAAUUUCGUGUGAAUUAGAAUAAGUAGUUCAGUAGACUUUACUAAUAGUAAACUGUGAACGCACCCUUUUCAAUCUCUCAUAUAUCUUUAUAUAUCUUAAAUAUCUUUUUUAGCGUGCGAGUUUCGCAGUGAUCCGUGUUAGAUACGACAUCUGUACGUAUUUAUUUUACAAAAAAUGCAUAGCAAAUAAUAAAUAAAAUUGACACAUUUAAAAAUUAGUAUAUAAAUCUGCGACAAAAAAUAAGAAUUUGUCGAAUAUUUUCUGAAAAAUAAUUAGUGAGUAUGUAAUAUUAUAUUAUUUUAAUAUAAAUUAAAACACGAGUUCAUUUUCACACUA